AUGGCGCAACUGCAGCAGCAGGUGGAGGUCUGCAUCAUGGAAGAGCGCUUUGAUGUACUGGAGGAGAUAUCGACUCUGGCCUCACAACACCAGGAGCUGCAACAGCUUGCAGAGUCCUGGAAAACCUCCGGCCAGGGCCUGGGCCCGGCCUACUCGGCUGGCAUCCAGCGCUUCGAGGAACUGUCCCCCGAGGAGGCCCAGGAGGCGUGGCUACGACAGGAGGACGCCCAACGCCAAGCCGAAGAAGCUCGGCUGCGGGAGCAGGAGGAGGCCCAGCAACGAUGGCUCGCGGAGCAGGCGGAGGCCCAGCGCCGGCUGGCCGAAGAGCAGGAGGAGGUCGAGAGGAUCGAGCGCGAGCAAGCAGCUCGCGAGCAACAGCGGCUUGCGGCCGAGGCCGAGGAGGUCGCAAGAGAGGAGGCGGAGAAGCAGAUGCGCGAUGAGGAGGAGGCCCGCAUCAGGGCCCUGGACGACAUCCGCGCGCAGGCUGUGGAGGAGGAGAAACGCCGGAGGGGGGAGUCCGCCAACGAGGAGCAUUCCUCCAGCGCCAUGUCCGCGCAG